UCUGGAGGAACAGCACAGCCAACAAAAUAUAUGGAGGGUGCCCGCAGGUGGAGAGCCCAGGUCAGGGUCCCAAAAGCAGUUGUGGAAUAUCCCAAAGAAACAUGUCAACAAAACCGAGACUCCUAGUGCCGUUCGGCCUAAAAACACUGCUGGAGGGCCUGAGCCGAGCUGUGGUGACCACUCAACCCAACAAUAUCCCCGACUAUGCCUCAUAUUAUUUCGCAGAGUUACUGAAGUACAGACGUGAAAACCCCACUAUGGAUUUUAAGAACCUUGUACAAGAAUUUCAGCGCAGACAAAAUAGCACACAGACACAGUUUGGCCCUGCUGACAACCCAAUAUCAAGAAUCUCAUCCUUUCUGGUUUCAAAAGAUAAAGCAGAAUCUGAAAUAGUAGAAACAGAGAAUGCGCAAUGUCUUGCCAAACAAGAUCCAUGUGCUGGUAAUGCCUCUCUGGCAGAAGCCAUGACCGCUUCACUGAAUGGGGAACUAAAAUAUCCAUUGCUGUACCGUGACAUAUCAAAUCCAUUGAUCAGUGCACAUAGAGUGUAUAGUCACUUACAUCCUAGAGAAGAAGCCUCAGGAGCAGCAGGAGCUGAGUAUAAAGACAGUGUGAAGCACCAACAUCAAGAACAGACAAGUUCUGGUAUGGAAGCAUCUGCAGAACAAAGUGCAGAAGACCCUGAAAGAUUAGAGAAUGUUUCAACCAAUACACAGUCCCAGCCAACAAAAACCUUGGGGAGGAAAGCGUCCGCCAGUGGAGCAGUCCCUAAGAAGUUAAAUGGCCAAGCUCUUUACUCAUCCACAAGAGAGAAGGCUCCUGAUAGACAGUAUUCACUACCCAGAGGUGUCUCAUCAAAUGGUAGACGAACAAAUGGAGCUAGUACAAGUUUUUCUGCUCUCAUCCCCGAAAUAACUAUUUCAAAGCUACAAAAUUCUGUAACUUUUGAUGGUGAUGUCCACAGGAUUGUUUCCAAAAUGUCACAUCAUCCACCAGACUAUGCAGACUCAUCUGCUCCAGGGUCAGCUAUUUAUCUGUCUAAAAAGACUAUAGAGUCCCGGCUGCCAGAGGUUGUUCCGCCAACUCAGGGAGUAGCACAGAUGAAAAUAAUGUCCACUGAACACCAACAAAGAACAAGAGAAAUGCUGCCAUCUAACCUUUACCAGAUCCAAAUAUCUGUGGAUAAACCAGUAAGACAAGUUUGCUAUGAGCCAGUAUAUAUCCCUGAUAAAAAGGCAUCUAGGGUUCACAUAGUUACAGCCGUCCCUACAGCAUCUGUAAACUAUAUAGCAGCACCAGAGGAGAUUCCACGUGAGAAUAUCCAAACUCCAGCAGUCAUCUGUAGACAUCCCUCCCAAGAUCCAGGACAGUAUAAGUCAGUCUAUGUCCCAUCACAAACUGGCAGCAGCCCAUGGUGUGUAUGCCAACUGUCUGCACUUCUCCAUAUGCAGCAGCCAACAUAUAGGAAGACUGAAAACAGUAAAUACUCUGCUCAUGUGGAAGAGAAGCCCAAUAGUCCAGAGGUAGUCAACAAGCCCGGAUAUUCAGAUGCUUCCAGUCAGGUGUCGGCUUUAGACAUAAAUCAUGCUUACUCCAGUUCAGUGCAGCAGAACUUGAUGGGCAGUCCAGGUGAGGAUGAACCAGCAAACCUGAAGACAAUUUAUCAACAUUGUAAUUUGAGGCGAACAGACCAGUCAGUGAAUUCACAAUGUAACGCAGAACAACUACAAAGCCAAACACCAAAAUACAAGGAAUUCCUAUUGUGUACUUGUAAGAGUGAUCUUCAGUCAUCCAAUGGGCAGCCAUUGCUGAUCACAUCUCCAGUGCAUAUGGUGGAUGAAGAAGCCAAGCAGGUUGCCAGUCCUCCUCCUUACAUUUUGAUUGGUUCCAGUGAAUGGAAAAAAGUACAUGCUGUCCAGUCAAUAAAUGAACAGGAUUUUCAAAGGUUUACAACACCAUCCCCCUUUGCUAGUACCAAACCGAAUACUGGAAAUCAAAUGCAGAACUUGAGCAUCAGACAUGAUCCUGCUUACCUCUCAAUAGCAGUGCCACUGGAAGAAAUGCACGGAGCGAGUGCUACACCAUCAAUCACUCAUAUUGCCGAGACAAGAUCUAUACCUUCCUUUGGAAAUUCUAUUGCUAUAGCAGUUGCUACCUCAAGAUGUCCAUAUGUUCGGGAUGAACUUGAUUAGAAAGAGUGGCCUAGGCCAUUUAGAACGAUGCAGGUAACAUUCCCCCAUCCAAGAUUGAGAACAUACAAUGCAAUAAAAGGCUGCCGCAUCUUCUAAACCAUCGGAAAUAAACUGGUCUCAAUGCAAAUGAUCCUUCUGGUUUGAAGUCUUUGAUAAUUUACAUAAGGUUCCAUAGCAUGCAGUGCUGAGACACUAACACUGUGCACCUCAUUCUCAGAAGCAGCAAUCUGUCAUAGGCCACUUUGGGGGAAUUUGACAUGGUAUGGGCUCAUUUGUAAUUUUUCUACAUUACUUUCAUUAGCAAUUCGGUUUGUAAAUGUGCCAUAACAUUUUUUGGUUCUGUGUAUUGUGCUGGCUACGGGUGAUAUGGACACAGAACAGAGCAGGAUGCUUAGUCUCCUAAUGCAUAGAUAGGA